AUGCCACAGACCACAGAUCAGCGUGCGGCGACGGCUGCUGCUACAGGCGCCGAGGGAGAGUCUGCCCCGGCGAGUGUCGCGGCGAGCACUCCGCUGAGGGAUGGGGAGGCAGCAAGGACCGCUCCCCCGAGUAGCGUCGCGGAAGGGGAAGACAGAGCCCCGACCCCUCCCCCUGCCGAAGAGAGGGUAGUCCCAACGCCGCCCCGGGCGGGGGCCUCUUCGUCCGCAGGCUCCCCGGGCCUGGUCCAGGGGCCGGUGAUGCCUGCGACCACGACUGGUGGCGGUGCGGCGAACGAGGAAACCCAGGCGGCCUCCGACGACGAGGUGGAGGAGAUAGAAGGUCGCCCCCGUCAUGGCCGCCAGCAUGGCGCGAUGAAAACGGCGAAGUACCGGAAACGGUGCUUCGGCCAAAUCGAGGGCAUAAUGGCCGAGAAUAAGGCCUUAUCCACGGAGGUGGACCGGCUGCGGUCCGAAGUUGGUGAGAAGGUGGCCGAGAUGAGUGCUCAGGAGGAGCGUCGUCUCGAGCUUACUCGGCGCCUAGCCGAUCAGUAUCGGCAAAGGACAGGUCAGUUGCAUUCUCCGAACAGCUGCAUAUAG